AUGGAUCAAGAGCUCUAUUCGCAAGAUGACCAAGCACAUAUUCUCGGCGGAGCUCCGGACAUGCUGACAAUAGAGGAAACGCUAGACCUACCCAUGAAAGACGAAGUUCCUUCUGUCAGUGAUCCAUCGCAGUUGGAUCUCCCCGUGAAGAAGACACGGAACAGGGGACCCAAUAUCAUACCGGUGGAACAGAAAGACCUGAAUGGCAGCAACAUCAGAAUCAGUCCCCAUGGAGAAGUUCAAAUCAGGUACUAUCCCUCUGAGAGCCCCGCCAAAGUUGAAAAGCUCACUUGGAAGAGUGGACCGUCAUUGAUUCCUGACGGGCCGGGGGAUACUCGAACGAUCCAUUUCACCGCGGAAGGAAUUGAUAUUCGGAAUGCUGCGGGUGAAACAAUUUAUUUGCAGACACGGCGGCCCUCCAAUUCAAAGGCCACAUUUCCGAGAUCAACCUUCAGGACAUACACAAUCGGCGAGAAGCUGUUCGCGCUCUGGGAACAGGUGACAAGGCAGCGCCAAAGCCUAAACACGCAGAGCACCUCAAAAUAA